AAGGCCUCACGUGACCGGCCUACACUGACUCGCUCGCGCGCCUCGCUGGAGCGUCAGAGCCCGCGGUCACUCGCACCCUUCCCGUUUCCUGCUGCCACUGGACCUGAGGGCGCGUGGACCAGGGGCGCCUCAAGAUUAGACUGCGGAAGGGGAGCAGGUUUGUGGGUCCAAGUGUCGCGGCGGCGCACUCGCGGCGAGAAUCCGGACGAGGAGCAGACAGCAAGGAUAGGCCCAGGAGCAAUGGCGUCCAAAGAGGAACAAGCAGUAAAAAAUCUCAACAUGGAAAAUACCAACCAGGAAAAUGACAAAAAGGAUGAAAAGGAGCAAGAUGCUACUAAAGGAGAGUCCUUGGCUCUCCCUUUGGAAGCUGGUGAAUAUUGUGGGCCUAGAGGAAAUCGCAGGCGGUCGCGUGUUAGGCAACCCAUCCUGCAGUAUAGAUGGGAUGGGGGUCAGAGGCUUGGAGAACCACAGGCAAGGAUGAGACAAGAAAAUAGGGAAAGAAUUGGGGAUGAUAUGAGACAGCUGAUGGAAAAGCUGAGGGGAAAGCAGUUAAGUCAUAGUCUACGGGCAGUUAGCACUGACCCCCCUCACCAUGACCAUCAUGAUGAAUUUUGCCUUAUGCCCUGAAUCUUUAUGUUUUCCCUGAAGUUAAUAGGGAGACACGCCUGCUUCCUAAACUUACAUGUUCGUGAUGUACCUUGCUGUAAACCUUUUCAUGUUGUUUCCUGUGGGUCUCCUCUUACCAGCCUCUAAUUGAAUGUUGUGUUUCAUCCAAUUUGUAAGUUUCUGUCAGGGAAGUUUUACCUAUUGCAUGGAAAGAUGCUCAUUACAUAUUGUGAAGUUAAUAAAGCAGUUUAAAAAAUUCU